UUUUGGCUUUCAAUUCAAAUUUGUAUGGGUUUUUAAAUUUUUCAAAAAAAAAUUCUGGACUUAAAACAGAAAAAAAAGAUAAGAAAGACAUGGCGUGGUGCUUCCGCAACAUUAGGCGCCACAUGUGCAUGCUAAUGCGCCAGAACUUCGCCAAGAGUUGCGAGAGCAAGCUGAACGACCAGAUCAACAUGGAGUUGAAGGCCUGCCACCAGUACCUGGCCAUGGCCUACCAUUUCGAUCGUUCGGACAUCAGUUCUCCGGGAUUGCACAGGUUCUUCCUACAGUCGAGUGCCGAGGAGCGGGAGCACGCGGAGAAGAUCAUGAAGUACAUGAACAAGCGGGGUGGUCUAAUCGUUUUGAGCAGUGUACCGGAGCCGUUGCCCUGUUUUGCCAGCAGUCUCGAUGCUUUGAAGCACGCCCUGAAAAUGGAGCUGGAGGUUAACCAGCAUCUGCUGGAUUUGCAUGCUCUGGCUGGCGAGGAAUCGGAUCCCAAUCUGUGCGAUUUUAUCGAGGCGAACUUCCUGCAGGAGCAGGUCGACGGUCAGAAGAUCCUGGCGGACUACGUCUGUCAAUUGGAGAAGGCCCACAGCGAUGUGGGUGACUAUCUGUUUGACAAGUAUAUGGGUGCUGGAAUGCAUACAGGCAAAUGAACCCCUCGAAAUGGACCAUCAUCAUCGAAGUCAUAAUUUGAACGAUAAAAUUCCCCAUGUGUAUUAAAUAAAGUAUUGGCUUGCCCUCGAUGAUCUGGUCU